AGUCGUUUUCUUUUCGCACACAGCACAGUCGCUGUCAAGCCAGAAGCAGAAGAGAAGUGCACUUGGGUCGUCGCCGUCGCCGCAAAGCAAGCUCUGACACUUUUUUUUUCCGCCACCAUCCCGUUGCUCUCUGAAGGAGGCGUCCCCGCGACCGGUUGCGAAAAAAGGUGCCCUCGGCGAAUUUCCCGGUGUUCCGGCUUGUGUGUGUUUGUGCGCGUUUGAUCCGGAUCUCGGGGCAGGAAGUUUCGGAAGAGAGGAAGCAAGGCGUCGGGCGUCUCUGUGGGUUGAGGAAGAAAAGAGGACCGUUUUUGCGCAUUUCUUGGCAACCAGCAGCGCCUACUUGGACCCCAAAAUGACGGACAUAAGGGCAGCCUUCGCUGCGAACCAGAAUGGCAGUGGGGCGACCGCCAGCCCCAAGAUCGGCGGCAAGUCGAUCGAGAAGAUCUACCAGAAAAAGUCCCAGCUGGAGCAUAUUCUGCUGCGUCCGGACACGUACAUCGGUUCGGUGGAGCAGCUCAAGGAGACGCAGUGGAUCUACGACACGGAGGCGAACAGGAUGAUCCAGAAGGAGAUUACGUUCGUGCCCGGGCUGUACAAGAUCUUCGACGAAAUUCUCGUGAACGCCGCCGACAACAAGCAGCGUGACGCGAAGAUGACGGCGAUCAAGAUCGACAUCAACCAGGAGACGAACACGAUCUCGAUCUGGAACAACGGCCAGGGCAUUCCGGUGGUCAUGCACAAGGAGGAGAAGAUGUACGUGCCGACGAUGAUCUUCGGCCAUUUGCUUACCUCGUCCAACUACAACGACGAGGAGCAGAAGGUUACCGGCGGCCGUAACGGGUACGGUGCCAAGCUGUGUAACAUCUUCAGUACCAAGUUCACUGUUGAGACCGCUUCGAAGCAGUACAAGAAGGCGUUCAAGCAAACCUGGGGCGACAACAUGAGCAAGGCGUCCGAGCCGAAGAUCAAGGAGGGUGCCAGCGGUGAAGAUUACACCAAAAUCACUUUCUCGCCGGACUUGACAAAGUUCAAGAUGGAAAAACUCGACGAUGAUAUCGUGGGACUGAUGUCGCGUCGUGCGUUCGAUGUGGCCGCGUCGACGCGCGGAGUCGCCGUGUACUUGAACGGCAAGAAACUGCCGAUCAAGAACUUCAAGGACUACAUCGAUCUGUACGUCAAGGAGCAGCAGGAAGAUGUUAGUGCGCCGAUUAAGGUGUGCUACGAGAACGCCAACGAGCGCUGGGAAGUUGCGGUGGCCAUCUCGGAGAAGGGCUUCCAGCAGGUGUCGUUCGUCAACUCGAUUGCUACGACCAAGGGAGGUCGCCACGUGGACUACGUCACGGACAUGAUCGUGAAGCAGCUGAUUGAGGUGUUGAAGAAGAAGAACAAGGGCGGCAUCAACAUCAAGCCGUUCCAGGUCAAGAAUCACAUGUGGGUGUUUAUUAACUGUUUGAUCGUAAACCCGACGUUCGAUUCGCAAACCAAGGAGAACAUGACGCUGCAGGCCAAAAGCUUCGGCUCAAAGUGCGCCCUGUCGGAGAAGUUCAUCACGGCCGUGUCCAAGAGUGGCAUCGUCGAAUCGGUUCUGCAGUGGGCCAAGUUCAAGGCUCAAACUGAGUUGAACAAGGCUUCCGGUUCGAAAAAGUCCAAGAUCAAGGGCGUUCCCAAGCUGGAGGAUGCCAACGAUGCCGGUACGAAGAACUCGCUCAACUGUACGCUGAUUCUGACGGAGGGAGACUCCGCCAAGACGUUGGCCGUGUCCGGUUUGGGCGUUGUGGGUCGUGACACGUACGGCGUGUUCCCGCUGCGUGGUAAGCUGUUGAACGUGCGUGAAGCCACGCACAAGCAAAUCUUGGAGAACGCCGAAAUUAACAAUCUGAUCAAGAUUCUUGGUCUGCAGUACAAGAAGAAGUAUCUUACGAUCGACGAUUUGAAAACACUUCGCUACGGCAAGGUUAUGAUCAUGACUGAUCAGGAUCAGGACGGUUCUCACAUCAAGGGUCUGCUGAUCAACUUUAUCCACACCAACUGGCCGGAACUGCUGCGUUUGCCGUUCCUGGAAGAGUUUAUCACUCCGAUUGUGAAGGCGACCAAGAAGAACGGCGAAGAGUUGUCGUUCUUCUCGCUGCCAGAGUUUGAAGAGUGGAAGACCGAAACGGCCAACUCGCACACCUACAACAUCAAGUACUAUAAGGGUUUGGGUACUUCGACCUCCAAGGAGGCGAAGGAGUACUUCCAGAACAUGGAACGUCACCGAAUCCUGUUCACGUACGACACCAGCACCGACGACGACGCCAUCACGAUGGCCUUUGCCAAGAAGUGUGUCGAUCAGCGUAAGGAAUGGUUGACGGCUCACAUGGAGGAGAAUCGACACCGCAAGCUGGUCGGUCUGCCGGAACGGUACCUGUACACGAAGACCACCCGGGCGAUCUCCUACAAGGAGUUUAUCAACCUGGAGUUGGUUCUGUUCUCCAACUCGGACAACGUUCGUUCGAUUCCGUGCGUGUUGGAUGGGUUGAAGCCGGGUCAACGGAAGGUCAUGUUCACCUGUUUCAAGCGUAACGACAAGCGGGAGGUAAAGGUCGCACAGCUGGCCGGGUCCGUUGCGGAAAUGUCUGCGUACCAUCACGGUGAGCAGUCGCUUUGCUCGACCAUCGUCAACUUGGCGCAGAACUUUGUCGGCAGCAACAACAUCAACCUGCUGUACCCGGGUGGUCAGUUCGGUACGCGUUUGUCCGGUGGUAAGGACAGCGCUAGUCCGCGUUACAUUUUCACGAUGAUGUCCGCGCUGACCCGGUUGAUCUUCCACCCGUUGGACGAUCCGCUGCUGGAAUACCAGUACGACGACAACCAGAAGAUCGAACCGCUGUGGUAUCUGCCCAUCAUCCCGAUGGUGCUGGUCAACGGCUCGGAAGGUAUUGGAACGGGCUGGAGUACGAAGAUUCCACUGCACAACCCGCGGGACAUUAUCGCCAACCUGCGCCGGAUGUUGAACGGAGAGGAGCCGAAGGUGUUGCACCCGUGGUACAAGAACUUCCGUGGAUCGAUUGAAGUGGUCGGCCCCCAGAAAUACCUGACUGUGGGAAAUUUGUCACUGUUGGAGAACCAGAAGAUCGAAAUCUCCGAACUGCCCAUCGGAACCUGGACGCAGGUCUACAAGGAAAACACGCUCGAGCCAUUGCUGCACGGAUCGGAGAAGCAGAAGGCGGUCAUUUCGGACUACAAAGAGUACAACACGGACACUACGGUGCGGUUUGUGGUGUCGUUCCUGCCGGGUGAGUUUGACAAGCUGUACGCCGAAGAUGGUGGCUUCCACCGGGUGUUCAAACUGACCAGCUCGAUCUCGACCACGUGCAUGCACGCGUUCGACGACAAGAACUACCUGCGCCGUUACGAACAUGCCAACGACAUUUUCCACGAGUACUACAAGAUUCGUCUCGACUACUACCACAAGCGUAAGGCCUACCUGGAGGGAAUGCUGCAGGCUGAAGCAGACCGGCUGACUGACCAGGCUCGGUUCAUCAUGGAGAAGUGCGACCGCACGCUGGUGGUUGAGAACAAGAAGCGCAAGGUCAUGAUCGACGAGCUGAUCAAGCGUGGCUACCGACCGGAUCCGGUUAAGGAGUGGAAGCGUAAGGUCGCCCUGGAGGAAGAUGAGGAGGCCGAAGAGCCGGAAGAAGAAGGCGCUGAAGAGGAGGACACCAAGCCAGGCAAAUCGGCGGCCAAGAAGCCGGUCGAUCCGGAGAAGGCAUUCCAGCGGUUGACCGACGUCAAGAAGUUCGACUACCUGCUCGGAAUGUCCAUGUGGAUGCUGACGGACGAACGCAAGAACGAGCUGCUGAAGCAACGCGACAACAAACUGUCCGAGCUGUCCGCAAUCAAGGCCAAAACGUCGGAAGUGCUGUGGACCGACGAUCUGGACGCGCUGGCCAAGAAGCUGGACGAGGUCGAAGAGAAGGAACGGCUCGAUGCCAUCAGCACGGAGAAGAAGCUGAAGGGCGCUGCGGCCAAGGGCGGUGCCGGCCGUGUCAAAACGCUGGGCAAGAAGAACGCCAUCGACGAAACGAAGCCGAGCGCGCUGGGCGAGGAGGUCAAGUUCAGGGUGACCGAGGAACUGCUCAAAAAGUACGAGAAACUCGCCGCCGGUCCGGUCAAUCCGCGGGUCAAGAAGGAGAAGAAGGAACCGGGCGAGGGUGGCGCGGAGGGCGGUGCGGAUGAGUUUGAUGCCCUGGUCGAGGGCAAGAAGCCGGCGGCCGCCAAGGUGAAGAAAGAACCAAAGGAACCGAAGGUCAAGAAGGAGAAAAAGGAAAAGGACGGCACCAAGCAGACCAAGCUGAACUUUGGCAAGGCCGCUGCCGGCAAGGGACGGAAGAAGAAGACAGGCUCGUCCGACGAGGAGGAUAACUUCAACUCUGAAGCCAGCGGCGACGAAUUUGGCGUAGAAGUGGCCGUUCCAGUUCGCGAAAAAUCCGGACGGCGAGCGGCGUCCAAGAAAAUCAACUACUCGUUCAACGACGAGGAGGAAGAGGACGACAACUUCAACAAGUCGGACGACGAACUGUUCGAGAACAACCCGGAGGGUCGGCAGAGCUCGGGUGGCCGUGUGGCGCAGGGCUUGAUCGACGACGACAGUGACAUCGAGGAGACGGGCGCCGCUCCGGCCGAGGCCAUUUCGCUCGACAGUGGCGACGAUUCCCCGGUGAAGGCACCGGCCAAGAAACCGGCCGCCGCCAAGCGGAAACUGGGCCCCAAGACGGACGAUGGUGCAGGCGCCAAGGCAGCUCCGAAGCGUCCCCGCAAGAAGGGCAGCGCCGGCAGCAGCGACGACGACAAGCCCAAGAAGAAGUCCAAGAAGAAGAUCGUCGACAGCGAGUCGGAAGAGAGCGAACCAAACUACGACGAUGAUUCGGACUUUGAGUAAGCGCCACCACGUCGGUCUCUGCGAGAAUCUUCUUGUGGAAGAUUCGUUUCGUCCCGCCCCUCUCACUAAUCGGUGUAUUAUAGCGUUUAAGGACAACAUAAUGUGUGUUUGUUUGAGGCAAAGAACAACAGCAACAACCUAAUCGUACCGACACACUCUCUCACGCGCAGUUUAUAACAAAACACAAAUCAAACAGAAGCUACUUUUUAACCACUUUUUAUAACCAUUUAUUCAGUUUUUUUUUUCUUGUUUUGCGAGCACCAGUUUUAUUUGUGAAGACAGAGUUAGAAGAAAGUUAGUGUAGUGUGAAAAUGACCAGUAGAAUUUAGUGUUUUCGUUCCCAAACCAUACCCAACCGCACACACACACAUAAAGUAGUUGUACUAAGAGGUUAAUUUAUACUAGCACACACUUUAAUUUUGAUCCCAUCAAUUUUGACUCGCGAAUGAAAGUAAUUAGUAACAGCAGCAGCAGUGCGCGCGCGCGUGUGUGUGUAUGUGUAUCUUUUGAGGGUUCAGGUGUUCAAAAAGGAGGAUAUUUUUCUGUACAAAGAUUGGUUAUUUGUAUGAAAAAGUAAAGAGAAGAUAAAAAUCUGCGAUCGGGUUGCCGCCGUAGAAAUUAGUUUGUUCCUAAAAUGAUAUUGGCGUAAGCACA